AUGGAUUAAGAACUCUAGGAAAUUUAUGAUAAGUUGUAAAAAAUGGAUUUAGAUGAAUUGAUCGGUGAAGUAAAUAAAACUAAGACUAAAUUCUUAGUUGUUUGCGGUGGUGUUGCUUCUGGUAUCGGUAAAGGUAUUACUAUUUCUAGUAUUGCCUCUCUUUUGUAGAGGGCUGGAUCUAGAGUUUCUCUCAUUAAAAUCGAUCCUUACCUUAAUUAGGAUGCAGGUACUAUGUCUCCUUUUGAACAUGGUGAAUGCUAUGUCCUUAAUGACGGAGGAGAAGUCGAUUUGGAUUUAGGUAAUUAUGAAAGAUUCCUGGAAGUUAAUUUCACCAAGGACCAUAAUAUCACUUCAGGAAAGGUUUACGAUGAUGUUUUAAGAGGUGAAAGAGCUGGUAAUUAUUUAGGUAAAACAGUCUAAUUUAUUCCUCAUGUGACAAACAAGAUUAAAGAAAGAAUUUUAAGAGUUUCUCAAAUUCCUAUUGAUGGCACCCUAUUACCUCCUGAGAUUUGUUUGAUUGAAAUCGGUGGUACAGUUGGUGAUUAAGAAUCUAUAUUCUUCUAUGAAACAAUUAGAUAAUUGAAGAACGAUGUCAAGGAUGUUUUGGUUAUCCUUAUUGCUUAUGUCCCUAAGAUUAAAGACGAAUAUAAGACAAAGCCCUCCCAAAAUGCAAUUAGAAACAUGAAUUAACUUGGUUUGAACCCUAAUAUAGUAGUUCUUAGAAGUUAAUAGGAAAUCGAUGAACAUUCCUUAAGAAAGGUAGCAGCUUAUAGCAACUUAUAAGAAUCAGAAGUUAUAAAUAUUCCUGAUAAGAAGAUUCUUUUUGAAGUCCCUUAUGUUAUUGCUAAGGCUAUGCUUAUCUAAACUAUUUAGUCAAGGUUCAAUCUCCCAAUUAAAUUAAGUGAUCUUUAUGUUUAUAAAUGUUUUUGCAGACAUCUUCAAAUAAUUGAAGAAUUACCUAAAAUAUAAAUUUGCAUUGUAGGAAAGUAUAUUACCUUUAAAGACGCUUACCUAUCUAUUAUAAAAGCUUUCGAAGUUGCAGGUUUUGCUCUCACCGUUAGUUUAAAAUUGUGUUGGGUUGAGUCUAUUCAACUUGAAGAUGAUUUUGUUAAAGACGAAGAAACAAAAUUAUAAGCUGAAAAAGCUUGGGAAAUAAUUAAAUCAUCAAAGGGUAUCUUUAUUCCUGGUGGUUAUGGAAACAGAGGUUUCAGAGGUAAAAUUAAAGCUGCAUAAUAUGCCAGAGAGAAUAAAAUACCUUGUUUCGGUGUAUGCUUUGGUUUCUAAGCUAUGGUCAUCGAAUAUGCUAUCAAUGUCCUUGGUAUUGCUGAUGCAUAUUCUGAAGAACAUGAAGAUAAAUUCCCAUCUAAAAAUCAUAUCAUUAAACUCUUACCAGAUACAAGUCUUGAUAUUUUAGGUGGUACAAUGCGUCUGGGUACAAAGAAGACUAUCAUUUCCGAUAAGUCAUCCCUUGCAUAUAAGAUGUAUCAAAAGAGUGAAAUAUUUGAAAGACACAGACAUAGAUAUGAAUUUAAUAAAGAUUAUUUAGAAUAGUAUGAAAAAACUGGAUUUAAAUUUUCAGGUGUUGAUGAAACUGGAAUUCGUUAUUCUGUUUUUGAAUUUUAAAAUCAUCCUUUCUACUUUGGUACUCAAUUCCAUCCUGAAUUUAAUAAUAAAUAUACUAAACCCUGCCCUACUUAUUGCGCUUUCCUUGCAUCAGCAGCUGGAAAACUAGAAGAUAACUUAAAAAAGAAUAAUGGUUUAUUUAAAAUUUCAUUAUUAGAUGCUUUCCCUGAUGAGAAAAAAAAUAUUGCUAACAAUAUUGUUUGA